CAGCCAAGAAGGAGUGGACCAUAGACGGCCUCUGUCAUAAAAACACACGACGAUUACGGUGGAGAGGAAAGAAAUAAAAAAAAAAAAAAAAAAGAAAGAAAGAAGGCAACCAGACUCAUCACGCCGUCGUUUUCACCCCACCUAGUCGGAGCCAUGGAGGGCGCUUGGCUUUGCAACCAGCUUUCGCCGACGCUCAGCGUCGUUUUGGGGCGUUUGUGAGCGAGCGUACCGUGUGGUCCUAUCCUUUUUUUUUUUUUUUUUGUCUAGCGGAUUGGAAGUGAAGGUCCGCCAUAUUUUGCCUUACCACGCCCGGGGAGUGGAGCCACCGGAAAGAAGAGGCAGAAAGGGGAAAGUAGAGUGCGUCUCGUGCCCUGAAGACGGGAGAUCUUUUUUGUUUUUUUUCCCACGGAAGGAGUGGCGAGGGUGGGGAAGGAGGUAUCGAUGGCGACGCUUAACGAGAUCCCACUCAGGAUGUGUCUUAAACGGAUCGGUUGACCACCCGGAGACGGUAAAGCAGAUUACACCAAUUAAGAUAGCACUCAAGUGGAAGAGGAGUCUGAGGUGGCGGUGGACGUGAAAGUAGGAGGAGAAGAACCGGGCUUCGUCUAUUUCUCAAAUAUCCCAAUCCACUCCUCCUCGGCAACUCCGUCAUUUGCAGGCCGCUGCAUGAGCGCCUUCCCCGGCCUACUCGCUCCUCGCGCACCGGCCUCUCCGGGACGAAACCAGUGAGAGUCGUUGACCGUAGCGAAUUAAAACGAGAAAAGCGUUAAAGGAUGACCCUGGAAUCCAUCAUGGCGUGUUGCCUCAGCGAGGAGGCGAAGGAAGCCCGGAGGAUCAACGACGAGAUCGAGAGGCAGCUCCGCCGGGACAAGAGGGACGCGCGGCGGGAGCUCAAACUGUUGCUGCUGGGCACGGGCGAGAGUGGUAAGAGCACAUUCAUCAAGCAGAUGAGAAUCAUCCACGGUGCCGGCUACUCUGACGAGGACAAGCGAGGCUUCACCAAGCUGGUGUACCAGAACAUCUUUACCGCCAUGCAGUCCAUGAUCCGGGCCACGGAGACGCUCAAGAUCCCCUACAAAUACGAGCACAACAAGGCGAACGCCAACGUGGUGAGAGAGGUGGACGUGGAGAAGGUCAGCAUGUUUGAGAAUCCUUACGUAGACGCCAUCAAGAGCUUGUGGAACGACCCGGGCAUCCAAGAGUGUUACGACCGGAGGAGGGAAUACCAGCUGUCCGACUCCACCAAAUAUUACCUGAACGCUUUAGACAGGAUCGCCGAAUGCUCGUAUUUACCCACUCAGCAGGAUGUGCUGAGGGUCCGAGUGCCCACCACGGGCAUCAUCGAGUACCCCUUUGACCUACAGAGCGUCAUAUUCAGGAUGGUGGACGUGGGCGGUCAGCGGUCCGAGAGGAGGAAGUGGAUCCACUGCUUCGAGAACGUCACGUCCAUCAUGUUCCUGGUGGCGCUCAGUGAGUACGACCAAGUUCUGGUGGAGUCGGACAAUGAGAACCGCAUGGAGGAGAGCAAAGCGCUGUUCAGGACAAUCAUCACAUACCCGUGGUUCCAGAACUCCUCUGUCAUUCUGUUCCUCAACAAGAAGGACUUGCUGGAGGAGAAGAUCAUGUACUCUCAUCUGGUGGACUACUUCCCAGAGUACGACGGUCCCCAGAGGGACCCCCAGGCGGGCCGCGAGUUCAUCCUGAAGAUGUUUGUGGACCUGAACCCCGACAGCGACAAGAUCAUCUACUCACACUUCACAUGCGCCACCGACACGGAGAACAUCCGCUUCGUGUUCGCCGCCGUCAAGGACACCAUCCUGCAGCUCAACCUGAAGGAGUACAACCUGGUGUAACAUAUAGAAGGACUGCAUCCAUCUGUGAAGAGAUGCAUCACACACACACAAAUCCAAAUCAAAUGUUUGCAUCUAAUAAUAAUUUAUUUGCCAUGUGUUGGCAGACAAGAGGCAAGAAAAUUAAUUGAAAUGUGAUCUUGCUAUUUAAUUAAGGAUUUAUAGAAAGAGGAAAAUAAAAGGUUUGCAUUCCUUUUUUUUUUAAGUCGCUUUUGACUGACUCGUAAUAAUAAAAAAGGCAAAAACUGUGA